CGCAUACAGCCGCCUCCUCCAGCCUCUCUGACGAGUCAGCUGGUCGUUCGCUCGCUCGUUAUAAACACAACAUGCGGGCAUCCCUGCUUUGUUAGAGUACCGCCUCGUCGUGCAUCGCCACAGUCAUGCCAUGGAUAUUUUGUGGCAAUACCAGUUCAGGAUCAUCUUGCUAGGGGACUCGACUGUGGGGAAAUCGUCUCUGCUCAAACGCUUCACCGACGGUGUGUACAGCGAUGUGGCGGACCCGACGGUUGGGGUGGACUUCUAUGCCCGGUCUCUGGAAAUAGAACCCGGGGUUAAAAUCAAGCUGCAGCUUUGGGACACAGCCGGUCAGGAGAGGUUCAGGUCAAUCACCACCUCCUACUACCGCAACUCCGUGGGCGGGCUGCUGGUGUUCGACCUGACCAACCGCAAGAGCUUCGAGCAUGUGCGGGACUGGCACCGCGAGGUGAGUGAGCACGUGCUGCCCCACCGCAUGGUCUUCAUCCUGAUUGGCCACAAGAGCGACCUGGGCGGGGACCGCAAGGUGUCGCGGGACGAAGCGGAGCGGCUGGCGGCGGCGCUGGGCGUGCGCUACAUGGAGACCUCGGCCAAGUGCAACAGCAACGUGGACCGGGCCUUCGAGCUGCUGACGCGUGACGUCUACGAGCUGAUGAAGGCGGGAGAGAUCGCCGCCCGAGACGGCUGGGAUGGCGUCAAGAGCGGCUUCAACGGGAAGAUCCUCCUGCCCACCGAGGAAGAGGCCGAGCAGGAGAGGAAGUGCCAGUGCUGAUCGCCCCCCGCCCGCCUCGCCCCCAAUCACCACACCUCAUCUGCCCAGCCUGAUAACCCCCCCCCCCGCCACCUCCCAUCUCCUUCCAUUAGGGCUCCGUCUUGUGACAUCAUCAUCCAGCG